AUGUGGCUGAGGAGGGGUCUUUGCACGUUUUCAAGACCACUCAGUGCAUUUCAGUGUCGUGCAGUCAACUCCUGGGGCUACUCAAGGGCUUUGGGUGUGGAGAGUAUCUUAUCUCAGAUCAAGGCCAUCUGUGGUGAGGAAGGUGUCUCUGUGGGGGAGGCAGUGAGGGAGCAGCAUGGCAGAGACGAGUCCAUGCACAGUUGUUGUCCUCCAGAUGUUGUGGUGUUUCCCUGCUGUGUGGAGGAGGUCAGUGCCUUGGCUAAACUCUGUUUUUCCAACAAUACACCCAUGUUGCCUUUUGGAACAGGCACUGGUCUGGAGGGAGGAGUCGGGGCAGUAGAGGGUGGAGUUUGCUUCAGUUUAAGAAGAAUGGACCAAAUCUUAGAUCUGCACAGCGAAGACUUUGAUGUGACAGUUGAGCCUGGUGUGACACGGAAAACCCUCAACACAUAUUUGCGAGACACAGGCCUCUGGUUUCCAGUCGAUCCAGGGGCAGAUGCCUCUCUGUGUGGAAUGGCUGCCACCAGUGCAUCUGGUACAAAUGCAGUUCGUUAUGGCACUAUGAGAGAGAAUGUACUGAACCUGGAGGUGGUGCUGGCUGAUGGGACCGUCAUACACACUGGAGGGAAAGGACGUAGACCCAGAAAGACAGCGGCUGGGUACAACCUGACAAACCUGUUUGUUGGCUCGGAGGGCACUCUUGGAAUCAUCACCAAGACAACUCUUCGUUUGUAUGGGAUCCCAGAAGCCAUGGUGUCCGCUGUGUGCAACUUUCCAUCUGUCCAGGCUGCAGUGGACAGCACUGUGCAGAUCCUACAGACAGGAGUACCUAUUGCACGCAUUGAGUUUCUGGAUGAUGUAAUGAUUGAUGCCUGUAACCGCUACAGUUCUCUGUCCUACCCUGUGAGCCCCACUCUCUUCCUGGAGUUUCAUGGCUCUGAGAACAGUUUGAAGGAGCAGGUCUCAGUAACAGAGGAAAUAACCCAGAAUAAUGGGGGAUCAAACUUUCAAUGGGCUCAGGAUGCAGAAACCCGUAACCGUCUUUGGGCCGCGCGCCACAACGCCUGGUAUGCUGCGCUGGCACUCAGGCCGGGCUGCAAGGCUUACUCCACCGAUGUGUGUGUCCCUCUAUCUCAGCUGCCUCAGAUUAUUGUGGAAACAAAAGAGGAUCUUAUUAAGAACAACUUGACAGGUCCUAUCGCUGGCCAUGUGGGGGAUGGGAACUUUCACUGUCUCAUGGUGGUGGACCCCAACGACGAAGCGGAGCUGCACAGGCUGCACUCCUUCACGGACAGACUGGCCAGGCGAGCUCUAUCCCUGGAUGGGACGUGCACAGGAGAACAUGGCGUGGGUCUGGGGAAGAGGCGCCUGCUGCUGGAGGAGCUGGGAGAAAGCACCAUUCAGACCAUGCAGGUCUUAAAGCACGCUUUGGACCCCAAGAACCUGAUGAACCCUGGGAAAAUCCUGCUGCCAUUCUCCAGAGAGUCUAGACAGGGCGCGAGGAGCGGACAGCACUGCGGCGCGGCUCGGCCCGCUCUGCUUAGGACCACCCGGGACCACCCGGGACCAUCCCGGGACUGGAGAUCCCAUCUGAGGGUGGGCGCUCAGCAGUGCGCGUGGACAGAGGUGCUUCCAAACGCAGUGGUCGCCUUCAGCACUAAAGGUGCUUCAGACGCGGUGUGGUGCGGGGGUUGA